AUGCGCCUGUCGUUUCCAGCAGCCCCGUCCAGGCAGUCUAUCGUCACUCGGUCGCUCGGUACCGAUGGCCAAGCCGACGAUUCAGCAAGCGGCCUGGAAAUCGCGCUGGCGCAAUUUCAGGCAAUGCUGACUGAUGAAGAGCGGCAACAGAAGGCUUGGGCCGCCCUAACAAACUCCUUUGAAUCCCAGAUCCGACCUGCGGUCGAGAGUAUCCGCACAACUGCCAGCCUGGCUAAGGAGGAAGUAGGCCUUGCAAAAGCCCAGUACGAUCGUCUGAACCAAGAUGAGCAACGGAAGGUUCAAAAAAGCCUUUUAAAACAGAGCCGGAAGUCGAGCAAAGGUAUCCAAAGCCUUGGGAGGGAUACAAGGCUCCAGACAAAGUUACGUAAAUGGGAGUUAUUAUUGAACAGUUUAUCAUCCUACGAUUACCAAACAGUAUACAAAAAUGCUAGGUCUAAGCGCCACAAAGGCACGGCAGAAUGGGCAUUUGACACGCAGAUAUUCAAAGACUGGUAUUACAAUGAUCAGUCGGCUGUGCUCAACAUCACAGGAAAGAUCGGUUCCGGAAAGACCGUCCUCACGUAA